UUGCGAAAACAGUGGUAUUCGCCUCCAGUAUCAAACAAUGACAAAUAUUUAACAACAAAUCGUUCAGAGAUGAAAAGGGGUUCGCGUGAUGAAGGUGAUGAAGAGCAAACAGACGCGUUUUGGAGAGGAUUAUUUCUGUAGCGGUCCGCGUUUGGUCUCUUAGCUCGUCGGAAGAGGAGGGUUUUCCCCCUGAUUCUGGUUAUACUGUAAAGCCACACGAUUCUCAGAUCGUUACUUCGGAGGUCGGAGGCUUUUCGUCCUCACCACCACCAUCAUCAUCAUCAUCAUCAUCAUCAUCACGUCUGUGAUCAUGUGGAGCUCGUCUGCGUGACCCCUGCAACACCAACAUAGUGGAGACAGGUCCUCUUUAAACAGACUCAGAGGAGGUGGACAAAAACAUUCAUACAACGGAAAAGAAAUUGUCUACUUUACAGCUUUUGUGAAUGCACACAUGGGGACUGAGGAUUUCCAUGUCAUUUAUUGCCUAACCGGAUGAAAGCGCAGGAAAAAACUCAUCCAAGAGCAAGAUGCCUAUCAUUAGUACGAAAUGAUUCGUUUCAGGCUGCUGUUGUCCUUAAUGGGUUUUAUGAUGAGAAGAUGGAAGGUGUUGGUGGUGCUGAACGUGUUUGCAGUAGCAGGCUUCUUCACUUUUUGGAGCAAGUGUGAUGUAAGGCUGAACAAAACUGUUAACGGUCACAAUCGCCUCAAUGGAUCUUCUUCAGACUCAAGCAUCAGUCAUGAGAUCCUACUGAAGAGGCUUGGCUCAUUGGAAGAUGUAGUCUACAAAGAGCUAAAUGGUUUGUCCAAAUCACUUGGGCUUAUUGAGGGCUUCAAAGGCCAAGGCAAAGGUGGCUUUUCUGCCACACUGACUCCCGAGGAGGAAAAGCAAGCCGAAUACCUGCAGGAGAAGUACGGCUACAAUGCAUUCCUUAGUGACCGGAUUUCCCUGGACAGGUCCAUCCCAGACUAUCGGCCCAGCAAGUGCAAAACCAUGUUUUAUCCCAGAGACCUGCCUCAGAUCUCCCUUAUCUUCAUCUUUGUGAACGAGGCGCUGUCAGUGAUCCUGCGAUCUGUGCACUCAGCUGUCAAUUACACUCCACCUCACCUACUGAAGGAGAUCAUUCUAGUAGACGAUAACAGCGAUGAUGAGCAACUGAAAGGUCCACUUGAAGAAUAUGUCAACAAACGGUACCCAGGACUUGUCAAAAUUGUGCGCAAUCAGAAGCGAGAGGGUCUCAUCCGUGCUCGCAUAGAGGGCUGGAAAAUAGCCACAGCGGAGGUGACAGGCUUUUUCGAUGCCCACGUGGAAUUUACUCCUGUUUGGGCUGAACCUGUUCUAUUCAGAAUUAAGCAAGACCCCAAGAGGAUUAUCCUACCUUCGAUAGACAACAUCAAACACAAAUCAUUUACCCUGGAGCGCUACGAGAACUCAGGACAUGGUUUCAACUGGGAGCUGUGGUGCAUGUACAUCAGUCCCCCGAAACAAUGGUGGGAUGAGGGAGACACUUCUGCACCCAUCAGGACGCCUGCAAUGAUAGGCUGUUCAUUUGUGGUAAACCGACUCUACUUUGGAGAGUUGGGUCUGCUCGACUCAGGCAUGGAGGUCUAUGGUGGAGAAAAUAUAGAGCUUGGAAUAAGGGUUUGGCUAUGUGGGGGCAGUAUGGAGGUCUUGCCAUGCUCUCGGGUGGCACAUGUUGCCAGGACGAAAAAGCCAUACCACAGCAACAUAGCUUUUCAUACAAGGCGCAAUGCAUUGCGUGUGGCUGAAGUAUGGUUGGAUGAGUACAAGUCUAAUGUGUACAUGGCCUGGAACAUUCCAAUGGAGAACCAUGCCAUUGAUUAUGGGGACAUAUCAGAGCGUGUGGCGCUGAGGAAACAUUUGCAGUGUAAAAACUUCGACUGGUACCUUGAUAACAUCUACCCAGAGAUGAGGCGAUACAACAGCACACUGUUUUAUGGAGAAAUUCGUAACUCCAACGUGUCCCAUCUGUGUGUGGAUCAGGGCGUGAAGGAGAACCACACAGCAACCCUUCACCCUUGCCAUGGUUGGAACCCACAGCUUGGCCGAUAUACCAAGGAGGGAUACCUGUUUGUGGGACCUUUGGGAAGCACUGGAGAUGACACCUCCUGUGUGAUUGAUGACACGAUCAACAGCUUCCCUCGGCUUGUCAACUGUGACAAAGUCUCCAACAUAGGACAAAAGACAUGGAACUUUGUACAGAACGACUCUAUCGUGAACCGAGCUACAGGUCGCUGCCUAGAAGUGGUAAAGGCCAACGUGUCCUUCGGCUAUGCGCUGGUGUUAAAGACCUGCACUGGUCAGAGGUGGAACUUCAAAAACACGGUGAGGGAGCAACAGGGUGUCUGAAGGAGUCAGACGCAUCAUAUAAGAAGCCAGAAGUCUUGAAAAAUACUGCAAGGGACUGCUUUCAGCUUUGUGGUCUGACUUCAUUGAUUUAGAUUUUAUAGAGAGUGAACUGCUCUCAGUAGAGGAGUGUGAACAACUAUCAGGAAAUGCUCCACACCCAGUCCUCCGAGUACAGUCCUCUACAGAACAAGAGGUUCUGAUAGAUAUACGUGUUCCUCAAAAAGAGUGGCCAUCGACUAAAAACUUUAAUUAAAAAACGGCCAAAAAAAACUUCAUACUGUAGAACAAUACUGAUUUAAGACGUUUUAUUAACAGCAUUCCAUAUCAAGUAAAGCCUUUUAUUCAUCUAUAUUUAGCUGUUUUUGAUUUGUAACUGUUCUCUUUCUUCUGUUUGAUUUGCCUGUAUAUUUUGCCUAUUACGGAUCUCACGGACUUUUAGUAUUUCUGUUGUUUUGUCUUUCACUAUUCCGAGGAAAAUGCUCAUUUCCAAGCUUUCUUACUGACAGAUGUAAAGUUAAUUUGCUUAGCUUUUACUGUUUGUUGUAAUAUUUAUUGUUUUUAUUUAAUAUUACAGCCCAGUAAUUAAGACAUUCCUUUUUUUUUUAUGUACCAGAAUUUGAUAGUGAGUGGCUUGAAAACUCGGUAGCAUGACCUCUUAAUAUGCAAAUGGUAAAUAAUAAUUCUACUGUAGAGUUAAAUCUGUGUAGGUUUAUUAAGAUAUAGUAGGUAAGAUUUUUUGAAUUCUAGAGUGGGUGUAAUAAGACGUGUAAAUGAAUGCUGCUGGUUCUCAAGGUCAAAUGGUUUGGUGAUGGAAAUUCUCCAAUGCUGUCUUCCAUUAAAUUAAAAUGAUGAUUUAAAUAAAAUAAUGAA